GAGAUUUCCAAAGGUUGUAUUUUCCUUCUGGUUGGAUCCUCUCAUCCAGUUUGUGGUUGCUUUCAGCUAUGUAAUGUUUUUCGAUCGCAUGAAAUGGAAAUUGACCAGUGCUUGCUGGAGUCCCUUCCCCUAGGCCAACGGCAGCGGCUGGUGAAACGCAUGCGCUGUGAACAAAUCAAAGCCUACUAUGAACGGGAGAAGGCUUUGCAGAAGCAGGACGGAUUCCUGAAAAAGCUGAAGCAUGGAAAGAAUCAGAAAGUUCAUUUUAACCUUGCUGACAUGAUACAGGAUGCAAUUAUCCAUCACAAUGACAAAGAAGUGCUUCGACUACUGAAGGAAGGGGCCGAUCCUCACACUCCUCUUUCCUCAGGGGGAUCCUUACUCCACCUGUGUGCUCGUUAUGAUAAUGCCUUCAUCACAGAGGUCUUGAUUGACAGAGGGGUGAACGUAAACCAGCAGGAUGAAGAUUUUUGGACACCAAUGCACAUUGCCUGUGCAUGUGAUAACCCUGAUAUUGUUCUGCUGCUUAUAUUAGCUGGAGCCAAUGUGCUUCUUCAGGAUGUUAAUGGAAACAUCCCCUUAGAUUAUGCUGCAGAAGGUACGGAGUCAAGCUGUAUCCUAUUGACCUAUCUGGAUGAAAAUGGAGUGGAUCUGACUUCACUGCGCCAGAUGAAGCUUCAGAGACCAAUGAGUAUGUUAUCAGAUGUCAAACACUUCUUAUCAUCUGGAGGAAAUGUUAAUGAGAAAAAUGAUGAAGGAGUAACACUGCUACAUAUGGCAUGUGCUAGUGGCUACAAAGAAGUAGUGUCUCUUAUCUUGGAACACGGUGGAGACCUCAAUAUAGCAGACAAUCAAUACUGGACCCCACUCCAUUUGGCUGCAAAAUAUGGCCAGACAAACCUGGUGAAACUUCUUUUGAUGAAUCAUGCAAACCCAAACCUCCUGAACUGCAAUGAAGAGAAGCCUUCAGAUAUUGCCGCAUCUGAUUUUAUUGAGGAAAUGCUGCUAAAAGCGGAAAUUGCCUGGGAAGAGAAAAUGAAAGAACCUUUAUCUGUUCCAACCUUAGCACAAGAAGAACCAUAUGAAGAGAUCAUUCAUGAUCUUCCGACACUUUCUAGUAAGCUCAGUCCCCUGGUGUUAUCAAUUGCCAAGCAAGACAGUUUAUUGGAAAAAGACAUUAUGUUCAAAGACGCAACAAAAGGACUAUGUAAGCAACAGUCUCAGGACAGUGCCCCUGAAAACACCACAAUGAAUGUUUCUGCCAAACCUGAGCAGGUCAAGCUAAUGCCUCCUGCUCCAAAUGAUGACCUAUCAACGCUCAGUGAGCUAAAUGAUGGCAGCUUGCUUUAUGAAGUUCAAAAGCGCUUUGGGAACAAUCAGAUAUACACUUUUAUUGGGGACAUCCUUUUGCUUGUUAAUCCAUUCAAGGAGCUUCCAAUUUAUUCUACCAUGGUGUCACAGCUUUACUUUAGCCACACGGGGAAGGUGUGUUCCUCUCUGCCGCCUCACAUUUUCUCCUGUGCAGAGAGAGCUUUACACCAGCUUUUCCAGGAGCAGCGACCUCAGUGUUUCAUCCUCAGUGGUGAGAGAGGAUCUGGAAAGUCUGAAGCCAGCAAACAAAUAAUAAGACACCUAACUUGUAGAUCUGGAUCCAGGAGGAGUAUAUUGGAUUCCAAAUUUAAACAGGUUAUGUGUAUUUUAGAAGCAUUUGGACAUGCCAAGACACCUGUUAAUGAUGUGUCCAGUUGCUUCAUAAAGUAUUUGGAACUGCAAUUCUGUGAGAGGAAAAAGUAUCUAACAGGAGCCAGAAUUUAUACAUAUAUGCUAGAGAAAUCCCGGCUUGUUUCACAACCUGUUGGCCAGAGUAAUUUUCUCAUCUUCUACUUGUUGAUGGAUGGAUUGUCUGCUGAGGAAAAAUGUGGACUUCACCUUAAUAAUUUAUCUCCACAUCGGUAUUUGGACCAGACCAUCCAGGAAACUACAUCAACAGCAGAGCAUUCACUGAACAGAGAGAAAUUAGCUGUUCUGAAACAAUCCCUGACUAUAAUUGGCUUCAGUAAUUUGGAGGUGGAGAAUCUGUUUGUGAUUCUAGCAGCAAUACUACACAUUGGAGACAUUCAGUUCACUGCUCUGACAGACGCUGAUUCAGCAUUUGUGUCUGACCUUCAGCUUCUGGAACAAGUAGCUGGCAUGUUACAAGUAUCAACAGAUGAAAUGGUGUCUGCUUUAACAACUGAUAUUCAAUAUCUUAAAGGAGAUAUAAUCAUACGGCGAUAUACUAUAAAGAUUGCUGAAUUUUACCGGGAUCUCUUGGCCAAGUCUCUGUAUAGUCGUUUGUUUAGUUUUUUGGUGAAUACAAUGAACUGUUGCCUUCACAGUCAAGAUGAGCACAGCAGCAUACAGACACUGGAUAUUGGAAUAUUGGACAUCUUUGGUUUUGAAGAAUUUCAAAAGAAUGAAUUUGAACAACUUUGUGUCAACAUGACCAAUGAGAAGAUACACCACUAUAUCAAUGAAGUGCUUUUUCUACAAGAGCAAACAGAAUGUGUACAAGAGGGAGUUACCAUGGAAACAGCAUAUUCUCUUGGUAACCAGACUGGAGUCUUGGAUUUUUUUUUCCAGGUAAUGUAUGAAAUUGUUGGAGCAAUUGAAAAAAAUAAAGAUUCUCUGUCACAGAAUCUUCUGUUUGUAAUGAAAACUAGUGAAAAUGUUGUGAUCAAUCAUUUGUUCCAGUCCAAGCUGUCACAAACAGGAUCCCUGAUAUCUUCCUAUCCUUCCUUUAAAUUUCGAGGAUAUAAAUCUGCCCUGCUCAGCAAGAAAAUGACAUCUUCUUCAGUUAUUGGAGAAAACAAGAAUUAUGUAGAGCUUAGUAAGUUGUUAAAAAAGAAAGGAACAUCUACCUUUCUUCAAAAGCUGGAACGGGGAGGUCCAGUCUCCACGGCGUCACAGCUCAGGAAAUCUUUAACCGAUAUUAUUGGAAAACUUCAGAAGUCCACUCCACACUUCAUUCAUUGCAUCAAGCCCAAUAACUCAAAGCUGCCAGAUACUUUUGAUAAGUUUUAUGUGUCCGCUCAGCUGCAAUAUAUUGGGGUCCUAGAGAUGGUGAAGAUCAUUCGGUAUGGAUACCCUGUCCGCCUUUCCUUCACAGAUUUCCUGUCAAGGUAUAAGCCAUUGACUGAAACAUUCCUGGACGAGAAGAAACUCUCUGCUGAAGAGAAAUGUCGGCUUAUUCUCCAGCAGUGUAAAUUACAAGGCUGGCAGAUGGGAGUCCGAAAAGUGUUUUUAAAAUACUGGCAAGCUGACCAGCUCAAUGAUUUGUGUUUACAGUUGCAGAGAAAAAUUAUAACCUGCCAAAAAGUUAUAAGAGGAUUUCUAGCACGCCAGCACUUGCUUCAGAAAAUGACCAUGAAACAGCAAGAAGUAACUUCCAUCAAUAGCUUUCUACAGAACACAGAGGACAUGGGGUUGAAAACCUACGAUGCCUUGGUCAUUCAGAAUGCUUCAGACAUUGCCCGGGAAAAUGACCGGCUCCGGAAUGAAAUGAAUGUCAUUUACCACAAAGAAAAGUUAGAGGCUAGGAACAAACAAGAGGAAGGAAGCAAAAGAGCUGAGGACAAGUGUGGACCCAGGCAUUUUCAUUCCAGCUCCGUCCCGGUUCCGAUAGCAGUGGACAACCUGGUCCAGGCUCUGGCUGGAUCAUCCAUCAGGUCUCCUUCCCUCCACUCUGUGUUCAGCAUGGAUGACACCAGUGGCCUACCAUCACCACGGAAACAGCCUCCGCCCAAGCCAAAGAGAGACCCCAACACCCGGUUGAGUGCUUCUUAUGAGGCUGUGAGUGCCUGCUUGUCAGCAGCCACUAAGGAAACAGCUAAUGAAGUUUUGACACGGCCCAGGCCACACAGUGAUGACUACAGCACAAUGAAAAAGAUCCCUCCUCGAAAGCCAAAACGAAGCCCCAACACGAAGCUUAGUGGCUCAUAUGAAGAGAUAUCAGCCCCCAAACCAGGAGAAGCAAAGCUGGCACAGACAGCAUGUAAAGCCAUCCCCCAUCAGGAACCCACAGCCAUGCACAGGGCCACUUCAGCCGAUGGGCCACACCAGUGCACUCUCAAUCUGACCAUGUCACAGGAGGAGGACGAUGAAACAGAACCAGUGUAUAUUGAGAUGGUAGGGAAUGCCAUAAAGGCUGGUUGCACCGAAGCAGACAGCCCAGACCAAGGGGAGUCGGUAUAUGAAGAGAUGAAAUACUUUUUGCCGGAGGAGAGCAGCAACAGCCUGGGCAUGGUUUCCUUCAUGGCUGCAUCACCCCCUCUGUUUUUUGAGAGUCGAAAACCUGUCACCUUUGAGGAUGGUGAUAUCAGCUGCCAAGCGACUGGGACCUUUAAAGAUACUUGUGACAUUCCAGCCCCUUUCCCUAAUCUGCUGCCUCAUCGUCCUCCACUUCUGGUGUUUCCCCCAACUCCAGUGACAUGCUCUCCUGCUUCUGAUGAAUCACCUUUAACUCCAUUGGAAGUGAAAAAACUGCCUGUCCUAGAAACCAACCUAAAAUACCCUGUCCAGUCAGAAGGUUCAAGUCCUUUGUCUCCACAGUAUUCCAAAAAUCAAAAAGGGGAGAGUGACAGACCUGCCUCCCCUGGCUUAACUAUAUUUAAUGGGUCAAACAAAAUUUCUCCUCCUUCAACACCACCUCCUCCUCCUUUGCCUCCUCCAGUGCCUCCUUCUGCUUCUUAUCGGCCCUCCACACAUUUUACUUUCCCACCAGAGACAUAUUUGGUUAAUACAGGAAAAGCAAUGGCAAGUUCUGAUUUGCCCAAAGUACAUCAAAAGCCAAACUCUGCUCCAGUGACUGGUGUGUGCAGCUCUUUCUCCAAGCUUCCUUAUUCCCCAGUGAAGGCAGCUAGAGCUGACCAUAGGAAGUCCAACUCCAAUUGCUCCUCACCAGUUCCCUACAGCCCUCCAAACUCAAGACCUCUCACUAGCCCUCUUGAUGAGUUAACUAGCCUUUUUAACUCUGGAAGGAGUGUGCUUCGGAAGUCUGCAGCAGGAAGAAAAAUUAGAGAACCUGAAGGUUUUGAAACUAACAUGAAUUUAACUAGCCGGGACGAUCCUAGCACAUCAGAAGUUGCAUCAGAAACUCAAGAUCGAAAUGCAAAUAACCACGGAAUUCAGUUAUCUAAUUCAUUAUCUACUUGUAUAACUGCUGAAAAUGGAAAUUCUGUCACAAAUGGUUUACCUGGAGAAGAUGGAUACUCAAGGCUGUCAUUGAGUGGUACAGCGACAUCAACAUUUCAGAGACAUCGAGAGAGUCAUGCCACUCAGGUAAUCCAUCAGCUGAGGCUUUCAGAGAAUGAAAGUGUGGCCCUGCAGGAACUCCUGGACUGGAGGCGAAAGCUCUGUGAGGAAAGAGAAGAUUGGCAGCAAAUCCUACACCACCCUGAACCCCGGGCCCCUCCCCCACCUCCAUGCAAAAAACCAGCUUUUCUGAAGAAGCCCGAAGGGGCCUCAUGCAAUAGGCUGCCUUCAGAGCUCUGGGACACCACCAUUUGA